AGCAAGAACAUCGAUAAAAUGUCUUUCAACCUACAAGUUUUUGUCUUCUAUUCUCUUCCUAUAAUUUUUGCCUUACAUGUUUCGAAAUUAUAUUAUUUUUCUUCCAAAAAAUCCCAUAAAAACCUACCUCCAUCUCCUCCAAGGUUACCAUUAAUAGGAAACCUUCACCAAUUAGGCGUGGGCAUGCACCGUGUCCUUCAAUCCAUGGCUAAGACUUAUGGUCCACUCGUAUUGGUUCACUUUGGUAGUGUGCCGAUAAUUGUAGCCUCUUCCGUUGAUGCAGCUAGAGAGAUUAUGAAAACCCACGAUAUAACAUUUGCAAAUAGACCGUAUUUAAGCACCAUUCGUAAACUUACUUAUGAUGGCACAGAUAUAGCCUUUUCCAAAUAUGGAGAGCAGUGGAGGCAACUCAAAAGUAUUGCUGUACUCCAUGUUUUAAGUAACAAAAGGGUUGAGUCAUACCGAAAAGUGAGGGAGGAGGAGGUGGCGAGUAUGAUAAAAAAGAUUCAAGGAACCAAUGAAUCCGUUUUUAAUUUGAGUGAGUUAGUUGCUACCCUUACACAUAAUGUGAUCUCUAGGGCAGCUUUCGGAAAGAUAUAUGAAGGGAUGGAGCUUAAGCAUUUGCUAGACCGGACUUUAGAUGUGUUGGGACGUUUUUGUUUUGAGACCGUUUUUCCUUCAUUAGCAUGGAUGGAUAGAUUUACUGGAUUAGAACGAGAAAUUGAAAAACUUGCUAAAGAUAUUGAUGAGUUUUAUGAUAUUGUAAUUGACGAACAUGUAAACAAGAAAGAGGGUGAUGCUCAAGGCCAAGAUCUUGUUGAUAUUUUAUUAGAAAUUCAAAAAGAUAACUCGACAGGGUUUCAUCUUGAGAAAAAGAAUAUAAAAGCCCUCAGCUUGGACGUGUUUAAUGGUGGCACUGAUACCACAUCCACUAGCCUCGACUGGGCGAUUGGCGAGCUACUACGAAACCCACGUACAAUGAAAAAAUUGCAACAAGAGGCACACACAGUAGGACAAGGAAGAGAAAUGAUCACCGAAGACGACUUAGACAAUAUGCCCUAUCUAAAAGCCGUCCUCAAAGAAGCCCUACGAUUACACGUUCCAGCUCCAUUGCUUGUUCCCCGUGAAUCAACAAAAGACGUUAAACUACUCGGCUACGACAUCCCAUCAGGUUCGCAAGUGAUGAUUAACGCAUGGGCGAUAGCAAGAGAUCCUUUAAUAUGGGAAGAACCUGAAGAGUUUAGACCAGAGAGGUUCUUGAACACCGCUACUGAUUAUAAAGGUUUUCAUUUCGAGUUUAUACCAUUUGGUGCUGGAAGACGAAGGUGUCCUGGUAUUAGUUUUGCAAUGAUUAUUAACGAAAUUGUGUUGGCAAAUUUGGUGUAUAAGUUUGAAUUUUCAUUGCUGGGGAACGAGCCUAUAGACAUGACUGAGAGUGAUAGUUUUACCGUCCGUAGGAAGUUUCCUAUACUUGUCAAAGCAACUCCUAGGGAGUAGUAACUUGUUGGACCAACUCCUUGUGUGUGUAAUAAUUCCUUGUACUUUAUGUUAUAUGAAAGUGAGCUGAAACAAAUAAAUUAUCA